AACUUCCGACUUUCUGUUUUCUCCAGGGAGGCGAAAGCUUCCAGUCGACAGUAGGACUUUAAUCUGAAAAUGGGGGCUUGUCUGGCAUUAUGCUCUUUAGCCAGCUGUGCGUCCUGUCUGUGUGGCUCAGCACCAUGCCUUCUGUGUGGCUGCUGUCCCUCCUCCAAUAACUCCACCAUCACUCGGCUGGUUUUCUCCUUCUUUUUGCUGCUGGGGACCAUGGUGUCUGUCAUCAUGAUCCUUCCAGGAAUGGAGACACAGCUCCGUAAAAUCCCAGGAUUUUGCGAGGGAGGAAGUACUAUACCUGGUUUAGAAAACCACGUUAACUGUGAUGUCAUUGUGGGCUACAAGUCUGUGUACCGCAUGUGCUUCGCCAUGACUUGCUUCUUCUUUCUCUUUGCCGCCCUCAUGAUUCGUGUCCGUAGUAGCAAAGACCCACGUGCAGCUCUUCAGAAUGGGUUUUGGUUCUUUAAAUUUCUAAUCCUGAUUGGAAUAACAGUGGGAGCUUUCUUCAUCCCUGACGGAACCUUUCACACUGUGUGGUUUUACUUUGGAGUGGUGGGAUCCUUCAUCUUCAUUAUAAUCCAACUUAUUCUUCUCAUUGAUUUUGCCCACUCCUGGAACAAAGUGUGGGUAGAAAAUGCUGAAAAUAGUGACAACAAAUGCUGGUUUGCAGGCUUGAUGUCUUUCACCUUCCUCUACUUUGCACUGUCUAUCAUUGCUGUGGUGCUCUUCUAUGUUUACUACACACAGCCUGAUGACUGCACUGAGCACAAAGUCUUCAUCAGCCUCAACCUCAUCUUCUGCAUCAUCAUCUCCGUUGUCUCCAUCCUUCCCAAGAUACAGGAAGCGCAGCCACACUCCGGUUUGCUCCAGGCUUCUCUCAUCUCCCUGUACACCAUGUAUGUCACUUGGUCUGCAAUGACAAACAAUCCGAAUCGGAAUUGUAACCCCAGCCUGUUGAGUCUGGUGUCGAACGUCAGCUCCACGGAGCCCUCCGCUGACCCAGGACAGGUGCAGUGGUGGGAUGCUCAGGGCAUUGUGGGUCUUAUCAUCUUCCUCUUCUGCACUCUCUAUGCAAGUAUUCGGUCAUCCAGUAACACCCAGGUGAACAAGCUGAUGCAGACGGAGGAGGGUAAUGGGUUUGGGGGAGAGGGUGUGGUGGGAAAGGACGGCAUACUCAGGGCCAUGGACGAUGAGGAGGAGAAUGUCUCCUACAGCUACUCCUUUUUCCAUUUCCACCUCUGCCUGGCCUCUCUGUACAUCAUGAUGACUCUCACCAACUGGUUACAACCGGACACCACCACGCAGGCCAUGCAGAGCCGCAUGCCGGCGGUUUGGGUGAAGAUGUCCUCCAGCUGGCUGGGCCUGGGGCUCUACCUCUGGACCCUCAUCGCCCCUCUCAUCUUCCCUGACAGGGACUUUAACUGAUCACCUGGUCCUAACUGUAUUUGGUUGUUAGGUUUUCUUGGCAAGUGAUUUAGGCGAUAUGAAGGAUGCUCUGAAGGAAAUAGAAAGAAUGGUAUAAAGGAAAUGCUUUUCUUUUUUUUAUAAUUAAUUGGUGUUCUUAUGCUUGUGUUGUUUUACUUCACUCAAUAUGAUUCUUUAGUGGGACAAUCCCUACAGUUAUUUGAUAUUUGUAAGUGGAUGUUUAGUUAGCCUGAAGUUUGGCUAGAAUUUUCUUUUGCCAAUUACUUACCUUUAAUGACCUACUCCCUACCCGCCCUACCUUCUGCUGGAUGUAGUCUGAACUAUCACAACAACAAGGCACUUACUCGUUACCUCAGACACUUCACUAACAGAUUACCUUUUAAAGGGCCUUUUGAGUUCAGUCCUCUGAUUGGCCAGGUCUGGUGUCCUUGAUUAGCUUGACUUCUUUCAUGCUGGGGCAACCAGGGGAACCCCUCUCCGGAGCCCCAGAGUGAGUGGAGUGUGAGAGUUAGAUAAGACUAAUACGACACGCCCUUCAUAUCAUAACAGGACUUCCCUCUUGCUGUUCUCUGGAUGCAAAUCCACGUCAUACCACCUUGAGCCGGGGAGUCUUAAUAGACCACCAGUGUAAUCUCAGCUCUUCCUUCUCUGCUCCAACAUAGGAUCACUUAUCUCCGGUGCUCGGCCUCGGAGACAUCUAUUGAUCUAUAGCAGUCAGCACUAUGUGAUGUGCAGCGGUACGGCUCAGCAGGUGAUGGCGUGAAGUUGAACUCUGCAGUCCUCUCACAAAUGUCAUUAUUUCAAGAAUGUUGCAAAGCGUGUUAUUAAGUGAAAAAAAAGAUUUUCCGUUUUUACAAUAGUAUAUACAACACAUUUCAGGAGAAAUACAUUGCUGUAAAAUGUUUCGGUAUAAUAACGGUUGUGAUGGUGUUACAAUAACUAUAUGCUUAAUGUUGUAGUUAACUCAAUUUCAAUAAGAAUGAAACAGGGUGAAAAAAGAGCAGUAUAUUUUGUACAAAAAGUCUUGGGUACCAUCCUGAAAAUGUUAUCUUUUGUUAUGUUAAAAUGUUAUGUUUUGCUAUUUUCAAAAAUUACUAUGCCCACUGAUAUCAGAUUUUCCUUUUCUCUGGCUGCAUAUGAGUAUUGUGAAUGGAGUUUUUCAAAGUGCUGUGAUACAUUCAAAUCUUUUUUUAAUGAAUGUCUUUAUUGAACAUGUUAAUUGUAUUGUACAUUUCAUCAUUAUCCCCCUACUUGGGUGAAUAUUUAGGCACAAUAUCCCAAAUAUUUUUGCCACAGUUAUAUUGCGACAUGUACCAUUUUGAAACACUACAAAGUGCCUUUCUGUAGUCCUGCGGCUCAAAAGGAAUUUAACACUAAUGCUGACGUGUACCUAUAACGCCUUGCCUUACAUUGUGGUGAGUCAGUCAUUGCAUGCCAAUAAGGGAUAGGCCUAUGACAUGAAUUAAUAUUCUAAUCAAUGAAUAAACAUUUGUUUUUAA